UGACCUCUUAACACACUUAUCAAACAAAUAUGAGCUUCAGUUUUUGGUAGUUUACACUAGACUGAGGACCUGCUGUGUUGAUCUGUGUGUGUCAACUAGAGGGAAGAGCAUGAAGAUUUUUGUGUUUCUGUUUCCUCAGUUCAACUUCUCGGCCCCCAAGGAGGAAGCAUAUUUCAAAAUGCUCAGUGAGGACGAGCUGCUCGCCUGCAGAAUGAAAGACACAAACUUGAGGAAUAAAAAAGGUCGACUCAGUCUUCUUCUGACAAAGUCUGGAUCACAUGAAAAUGUCAGUCCUGAGAAGAAGCCACCAGCUAAACCUAAACACAUUGCACCGGACUUGGCUAUGAGAUGGAGUGAUUCAUUUGAGGAGUUGCUGAGUCACUCAGAUGGGGUAGAAGUUUUCACUCGGUUUCUGCGCACUCAGUUCAGCGAGGAGAACAUUGAGUUUUGGUUAGCCUGUGAAGACUUCAAAACCACUGAGUCUGCAACCAAACUGCAGUCUAAAGCCAAACAGAUACAUGCCAUUUUCAUUGAUAAAGAAGCCCCCAAAGAGAUAAACAUCGACCACUCAACCAAGGCCACUAUUGAGAAGAACAUCCUCCGUCCGACUAAGUCCUGCUUCGAUGUAGCACAAGAUAAAAUCUACAGCUUGAUGAAAAGAGACUGCUACCCACGAUUUCUCACCUCCGACAUCUACUUGACCCUGACCAAGAGGACAGGCCCACCCGCUAUGACCAGAAGAAGGUCCCGCUCCUUCGUUUUUAAUGAGCGCCCUGAAGGCACAGCGGCCUGGUAGAUUUGUACAGCAAUGCAAGUUUUUUGUUGUAUAUUGAACAAGAGAUACCUUUUAGCUAUUUAUUAACAUUAGUUCCUGUGGGCUAUAUAGUAUUUAAAUACUAAUCAUUCUGUUAUGAUUGUCAAACGUUUGGUUCUGCUUGAACGAUUUCAUGCCAAGCCUAAUUUAAUCUACAUGUUUAAAAUGCCUAAACAUUGUAAAUAUCUGUUUAAUGAUAAUGGUCUGUAUAAUAAACUGUACAUAAAUGUCAUGUAA